AAGAAGCUAAAUUGAGAGCAGAAUGUUGUCCAGCAAACAAGGCAAAGUUAUGCCGUGCAUAUUUGGAAAAGUGUGAAAAUUUUAAAAAAUCAUUUCCUAAAGAUAUAGUUGAAGAAAUUCUUGCUUUACCGGUGCCUGAAGACAAAAUUAAUAGUUCUGAAGAUUAUGAUGACGAAAAUACUUUUGCUCCAAGACCAAUGGAUUUUGAUCGUACAGAUAUUCCUAAAAACAUUCUUAUCGGAUCUUACAUUGGGG